GAAAGGAUCCAAGUAACAAAAACAAGGUAGUCAGAGUGUGUUAGUCCCCUGCACAAUAUGGCGGAGGAAGAGGCCGUCUCCCCAAGCCAGGAGUCCUAUCUGGCCUCCCUGGCCUAUGAAAUCUUCACAUCACCCCUCAACAUAUUCCUAUUGGGAGUAUGUGCGGUCCUCAUCUACAAAAUACUCCGGCCGUCGGAUGGCAGUGGGGCAGCCACCGGACCCCAGGAGCCGCCCAUCCCCAAGAUGAAGCGGCAGGACAUGACCCUGGAGCAGCUGCGGCAGUAUGACGGCAAGGGGGAGUACAGCCGGGUCUGUGUCGGUGUCAACGGCAAGAUCUUUGAUGUGACGCGCGGCAAGAAGUUCUAUGGCCCGGGCGGGCCGUACGCAGCCUUCGCCGGUCGAGAUGCCACCCGAGCGCUGGCCACCUUCAGCGUGGACGACGUGAAGGAGGAGCACGACGACCUCAGUGACCUCUCCUCCAUGCAGAUGGACUCAGUGCGCGAGUGGGAAAUUCAGUUCACUGAAAAGUAUGAGUACAUUGGCAAGUUGUUAAAGCCGGGGGAGGAAGCCACCGAGUACUCGGACGACGAGGACGCCGCCAAAGACAACAAAGCGAAAAAGGAUGAGUAAGAAAAAUAUCUUUUCUGGUAAAAACAAAAAAAAAAAAAACAAAAAAAAAAGAUUUUUAUGAAAAUAUCAAGGUUCUCGCCAGACUCCCAAAGUUUGUUACAGUUUUGUGUUUUGUAACCUUUGAAAUGGGCAAUUAAUUCUAUGCAAUCAUCAUUACCAUGGCCAGAAUGUGAUUGGCACUCAAGCCUCCAGUAAUUCAUUCCUUGCAUCAAGACAAACUUAACAUCAGGAUUGCACACAAAAAAACAUUACAAAAAAACAAAACAAAAAACAAAGGGAAGUGUGAUUCAUAACCUUUUACCUUUUAUAACUUUGAUCUCACUUUUUUUGUAAGCAACAGAGAAAACUAUUCAGAUCAAAUACUAUUCAGAAAAAGUCACAGAUAAAAAAAAGGACCAAAAAAAGAAUAGAUCGCAAACAUGAGUCUUUCUUUUGAUUUGAUGUGUUUUACUGAUGAUGACCCCUGGUGUUAUGGUGUUAUGGUGUUACUUUAGGAGUGUCUGGCAGAUCUCUUCCAUAUGACGUGUAUUUGGGGGCUAAGAGGUUCAAGAAGGGAAUAUUAGGCAUAGCUGUGUUUACUAUAAGGCUGAAGGAGUUGUAGUUUAAGGUCAACUGGUGCCUGCCAAGAUGAGAAGCAGCUUUGUGAGGUUGUCGGAGGGUUGGAGGGUUAUCGGGAAGCAUGACACUUUUAAGUAAGGAUUGUGUAGUUGGUUUCCAUCCAUCCCCCUCUUCCAUUACUGUAGAGAGGCACAUUGGUGGUCAUUAUUAGCUCCACAGGUGUUGUCUUACAUUUGGUUGUGUGGUGGAGUGUUGGUGUGGUGGUGGUGGUUAGGAGUCAUGUAAUCUGCUGUGCUAACCUGUGUUUUGCAAGUUUCCCAAGUGUUCAGUCCUCUGCUCUGAGAAUUCACCAGUUGCCAGGUUUUGUAAUGGUAGUGAGGAUAGAUGAGAGGACUUGAGGUGAAGGGAAAGCACUGAACAUGAUGGCAGUGUGUCAAGGUUACUGGUCUUCUAAUGACAACUGUACAUCACCUCAAAGUGACUACCGUGUAAUAUUUGUUUCUUUCUUUGUCUCUUUCUUUUUUUCUUAUGAAGGGGAAUGGAUGUCAGUGUUGAGGUUAGGUUUUUUAAUUUGAUAUAUGAUAAAAAGCUUUCGUGUGAAGCUCUUAAUUUUUUGCUAGGUAAAAUUAAUGCUACUGUAGUUUCUUUGAUGAUAAAGAGUGACUGAGUUUGGUAAUUGUUUGUAAUAAUAUGCCAGCUGGUAAUUUGAAGCCAUGAACAAUUAAUUGUAGUUUGAACUAUUUGUAAUGAUAUAAGUUUGUAGGCUUAGUUGAGUAGUAGCAUAAAGCUGUCUUUCACUUUCUUUCCUUUUAUCAUAGUACUUGGCUAAGUUUACAACAGUGGCUCGGUUUGCACGUAUGCGUGCGUGUGUUGUGUGUGUGUGUGUGUGUGUGUGUGUCUGACUGUCUGUCUGUCUGUCUGUCUGAGAGAGGGAGAUGGAGUGUGUGUCGGUCAGGUGUCAAAGUGUGCGCAAGACCAAGUUUGUAGGCAGGGCUAUACCAGUGAAGAACUAACUGCCUUAUUUAUAAAUGCCACGUAAGUGAGAACCAGGAAUGAAAGUUUAGUGGAUGGAAACACCAGGCAGAGAGAGAGAGAGAGAGAGAGAGGAUUGUGUGUGAGUGGCUAGAGGGAACAUGUGUAGAUUGGAGUGUUGGCCGUGUGUGUUUGGAAGGACUUGUGUGGGUAGCUUGGCCUGAAAUCAUAACCUUAGCCUUAAGAAGCACUGCUGUGUCACGUCAUUUUUUUUGUUGCCUCUGAAAUGCUGAUGCAGAGUUAUUUUCAUACCUACCCAAUAUAGCUGUACUUGGCCAAAUAUUUAGCUUUCUGAAGUAUAGUAUAUUGUAUAUCCACUCAGCCUUGUGUGUGAGGUUUGUCUUUCAGUCUUCAUGGAGAUGAUGCAUACGUGGAGUGUCUUCAGAAGCGUGGGUACUGUAUUGUACUGUGUUUUACUAGUACUGGCACUGGUACUGCUACUGGUACUGGUGUGGUGACUCAUGGGGGGAAGGAAGAGGAGCGUGUUAAAGCGUCUAUUGCAUUGUUACCAAAUCGAAAGUUUAUGCCUCCUAUGUGCAUUGCAUAUCACAUGUUGUCACAGAUGAGCAAAGGCUGCGUGCACACUCAAAUUAAUUGCAUGAGGCAGCUGCAGCAGCAUCAGCAGCAUCAUAUUCACUCUAUUAUAUCGUAUUAUUGUAUUACUGCUCAUAGAGACACUCACAUUCUGGGCAAAGGUGAAGUAAGUGAGCAGCUCUUAUUGGAACACUUCAACCAUUAUGUAUUUAUUAUUAUUAUUAUUAUUAUUAUUAUUAUUAUUAUUAUUAUUAUUAUUAUUAUUAUUAUUAUAUUAUUACUGUUAAUUGGAUAAGGUGAAUUAUUUAGUGAAGUGAGUGUGGAAUGUGUGCUGCUGAGAACAAGACCUUACAAUGCUUGUGAUGAAUGCUGGGGAGGAGGAGGAGGAGGAGAUCAUAAAGGGUGUUGUGAGUCCCUUGCUGGGUUUGGUUCAUCAUUAAUAGUUGAAAAAAAAAAUAACAUGGGACAUACCUAUACAUAUAUAAAUAUAUACAUAUAUUUAACUCUUUCUAAUUUUCUUCAUGUAUUAGUCUAAUUUUUGCUUGAUUUGAUGGGGCAUUGAGAUAUUUUGUUUGCAAGGUUGAGUUUCCAUUAUAAAGACUGAUAAUUAAUUGGUGAAUGCUUGAUUACUUUAGUGUGUUGUACUGCACUGUAGUACGUAAGGACUGGGCUGGUGUAGCGCGUCAUGCCAGUGUUGUUGGGUGUUGCUCCGGCCAGUCCAUCGCCGCGGUGGUGUUGCCGUGUCACCGGCCGGGAGGUGUUUUGAUUGAGAUGUUUUGGAGUCACCUUCAGUCCUGUUUUGGUACUAUCUUUGUUUUUGCCAGUACAUAAAUAAGUUUUCCAUUGUUGGUGUCGGUGUCCAGUAAUACAACAAGUGGAAUCUUUUAGUGUGUGUGCUACAUGUCGAUCGGUUAUCUGAGGUGUCCAGGUUUCAGAUCAUUUGGCAUUCCUGACUCUUGUUCUCCCAGCCAUGCAUGAAGAAGUUAAUUUAACUUUGUGAUAUUUAGAGAAGCAGAAUUUGUAUUUAUAUUUUUUACACAGUGUCAAGUGUAGUUUGAUAAUAAAAUAAAAUCAAUCCACAUGGAACUAAGUAGGAACCAAUAUUGUGUAAACAGGAUCACUUUCUUACAAGAUAAGGAGGUCAAGUGUGUACAGGUGAAUGUUAUGUCUAUUCAAAAAGAGUCAGUAAACUUAUUAUUAUACAAA